AGCUGAAGUAGGUAUUCAUUCAGGUUUAGAGUCCAGUGUUAGCUCAUAGCUGUCAAUUAUUGUGAUCGAAACAGCUGGUGUAUUAGUUAACUAAAAUUAUUUUAUAAAAACUAGCUAUAAUGUUGGACUUAUUUAGCAUUUUCAGUAAAGGGGGAAUAAUGCUGUGGUGUUUUCAAAGUACAAGUGAAAUUUUUUCACCGUCCGUAAACGCUUUGAUAAGAAAUGUGAUAUUACAAGAGCGUUCGGGAAAUAAUUCCUACAACCACAAUGCUUUAACUCUUCAAUAUAAGCUUGAUAAUGAAUUUGAAUUAGUGUUUGUAGUAGCGUAUCAGAAAAUACUACAACUCUCAUACGUGGACAAGUUUCUAAACGAUGUUCAUCUGGAGUUCAGAGAUAAAUACAAAAAUGAUCUGCAGACUGGAAGAUUUAUUACGGAUUUUGAUUUUAAGAGAUCAUAUGAUAGCAUUCUCAAGCAAUGUGAACAGUGGGCUAAGUCACAAGCAAAAAUGCCAAAACAGAUGAGGACUUUUGAAGACUCUCAAAAAUCCAAAAAAACAGUUGCAUCUAUGAUAGAAAGAAAAGGUGAAGAGAAAAGUAAGAAAUCAGUCAAGAUAGUAGAAAACAAAAUUAUACCUAAUGGGAAAGUGGAAGAACCAGAAACUGAUGAUGUCAUUGCAGCAAACAGAGCAAAACUUGCUCAAAAACUGGCCACAAAGACUAAGAAAGAGGCAAAGAAGUCUCCAAAGAGCCCCAAAGCAGUGGAUAGAUCGAAGAAACCUCGGGUGUGGGAGCUCGGAGGAGACUCUAGGGACUUGCCCUCGCUCAACUUUGGCACUGACCAAGAAGCUGACAUGGAAAUAACUGCUGAUACUGAGUUGGUGGGACAAAUGAGAGGAGCUAUCCGCGAUCUGGAGGUGGAAUCGGAAGAUGAGAGCAGCGAGGAUGAAGUGAAGCAGAAGACCCAGAGCAGCUCCAAGAAGUCUGGCGGCAUGUUUAGUAUAUUUAAAGGUCUCGUGGGCUCAAAGGCGCUAGAUGAGGACAGUAUGCGACCCGUGUUGGAUAAGAUGAGAGACCACCUCAUCGCCAAGAACGUGGCGGCAGACAUCGCGAACAAACUGUGCGAUUCUGUUGCUACUAAGCUUCGUGGAAAGGUGCUUGGCACUUUUGACAGCGUCGCGAAGACGAUAAAAGCGACGCUCACGGAGUCUCUCGUCCAGAUUCUGUCUCCCAAGCGGCGCGUGGACAUCCUCCGUGACUGUCUUCACGCCAAGCAGCAGGGCAGGCCUUACGUCAUGGCAUUUUGUGGUGUGAAUGGAGUGGGCAAGUCCACCAAUCUGGCUAAGAUAUGCUUCUGGCUGAUCGAGAACGAUCUGUCCGUGAUGAUAGCGGCGUGUGACACGUUCCGUGCGGGCGCCGUGGAACAACUGCGUACGCACGUGCGGAGGUUGGACGCACUGCACCCCAACCGCUCGUGUGUGCGUCUCUACGAAAAAGGAUACGGUAAAGACGCAGCCGGUAUUGCAAUGGAAGCGAUUCGAUACGCUGCCGAUUCCAAAAUCGAUGUUGUCUUAAUCGAUACAGCCGGCAGAAUGCAAGACAACGAGCCACUGAUGCGCGCUCUCGCCAAACUGAUCACUGUCAAUGAACCGGACCUAGUCCUAUUCGUUGGAGAGGCACUAGUUGGCAACGAGGCGGUAGACCAACUCGUUAAGUUCAACCAAGCGCUGGCCGAUUACAGUUCAUCGGCGAAUCCACACGUUAUCGAUGGCAUAGUGCUGACCAAGUUCGACACAAUCGACGAUAAAGUUGGCGCGGCCAUUUCGAUGACGUAUAUAACUGGGCAACCGAUUGUAUUUGUGGGGACGGGACAGACAUAUACGGACUUGAAGGCGUUGAACGCAAAUGCGGUGGUUCACGCGCUAAUGAAGUAAGAGUGGGCAGGGUUAUGUAGAGUUUUGAAUGUGUAGAUGUGAAUGACAGAAUUGGAUUUUAAAUAAUAUUUCUAAGAAAAAAUUUUAAAAGAGGCGUUACUUUCAUAUAAGGCAUAUAAUACCUAUGUUAAACUGUUGUAAUUAUUAUGACGGGUACUCACGAUAUAUAUUUUAUAUAUUUGAUGCCGAUAUUUCGAUCCAAUUACAUUAAUCGUGGUCACGGCGGAACUGCGCUGGCGGCGAGAAACACUUGACACAUUGACAGUUGACACUAAUAGUACAUCAAUCUGUCCACUUGGCGCCUAGUUCGCUUUGGUCUUCGAUUCUCUAAUUCACGACACACACUACUGACGACGUCCAUUCCGAAUCUUUUUGUUGCAUUCGUAAUAUAUAUCGUGCGAACCAAUCAUAAUAAUUACAAUGUUAAAGUUCCGCGAUGAUAAAAGUUUAAAAACAUAUAUGUUAAACUACUUUUCAACAGUCCUUAGAUGUGUGAUGGUAGAAAAUUUUAAACUACCCACGUAAACAACUAACACGUGAUUCAACGUGUAAGAUAUUUGAUUGCAAUUUGUUUAACCCUACGCAAAGUACUUAUCAAAGCUGUGUCUAUUGCUAUUAAGAGUAAUAAUUAGCGCUUGACAAUAUUUUUUUUUUGAGAUGAUGAAAGAAGAGAAAGCUGCUUGCUUUCACUUUCAUAAUUUCUAAAUGUUCCUAAUUAUCUGGCCCUGUUGUUAUAUUAAGAAUUCCUCGUUCGUUGAAAAAUUAACACCUUUCAUUUUGUAGGAAAUGAAAAAAGCACUUUUAUAUCAUUUAUUUCCUUAAUAUAUUUAUACAAUAAAUACUAUUAUAUUAGUUUUAAAUUUAUGAAGUUUCUACAAAAAUAUAAUUUAUAUAUAUUUAUAAUUAUAAUGAAUUAAAAAUGAUAUUAUUAUUUAAAAGAGACAGUCAUCAACGUCUAUAGGUUCAUAAGUCUGCGUGAUUAGUAUAAGCAGCCAUCUUUUGUUAUGUGUACGUUUCAAAUUACAAUAUUUUCCAUAAUACUUCUAUUCAUACUAUUAUAUAUUCCAUAUCUUUAUUAUUGUCGGUAAUGGAUUGAUUUUCAAUUAUGUUAAAUAAAUAUUUAUUUUUAUACUA